AUGAAGAUAGCAGCCUUCAACGCCAAAAACCUGGGAUGGAAAAAAGUCACUGAUGAGACUGUUGUCCACCACCUCACCAAGAUUAUGUCUCGGUACAGUGUGGUGGUCAUCCUGGAGGUCAUGGAUAAGAGCGGCACGGCCAUGGAGAGAUUACUCCAGGAACUCAACACAACAACCUGUAACCAAAAUCAUCGCUACUCCAUGACGGCCAGUGGCCAGCUGGGGCGAGACACCUACAAGGAGAAGUUUGUUUGUUUUUACAGGGAGGACGAAGUGUCUCUGGUGGCCUGUCACCAGUAUGAAGAUAACCAAGCUGGAGAUGAGGACGCCUUUGCCAGGGAGCCCUUCAUCCUUCGCAUCAGCUGUCCAUCCACAGUGGUCAAAGACCUGGUUCUGGUCCCGGUCCACACCAAACCAGAUGACUCAGAGAAGGAGCUGGACGAACUGCACGACGUGGUCGAAGCCGUGAGGAAGAAGUGGAACACCGAUAAUAUCAUGAUUUUAGGGGACUUUAAUGCAGAUGGACGUUAUCUCUCUAAGAAGAAGAAGAGAAAGAUCCGGAUCUGCUCCGCUCCCUACCAUUGGCUCAUAGAAGACGACGUCGACACAACGUCUAGUAACUGUAACGACCACACCUACGACAGGAUCGUGGUGUUUGGACGGAGCAUGCUGGAUGCCGUGGUUCCUGGCUCUGCAAAGUCUUUUAACUUCCAGAGGGAGUUUGAGCUGAGUGAUGAGGAGACUCUCAGUGUCAGCGACCACUACCCUGUGGAGGUGGAGCUGAAGACCAAACAGAGACAGAGGAGAGCGGCGGCUCAGCCCAGAGCGACCAGGAGCCCAGAUCUGGAACAAGGACCCCAGAGGAAGAAAACGAAGAGGAAGACAGGGCCGGCCGGAUCACAGAAGAAGAAAAGAAGAAAAAGAAAGAGAGCUGAGUCAUCACCAACAGCAACAAAGAGAAGACGAGCGGACUAA